AAGAUUCCCAACGAGUUAUGGCUUGGCAUAUUCGCGGACGCGACCUACAUCCCGGAGGCUAUGACGUGCAAUGACGGAGAGAGCAUAGAGCGCAUCGCAGACGACCAAAAUGCAAUUCAUUUGCAUCGGUGGCACCGAGAAGCUAUGGACACCAACUUGGCCAUCGCCCUCGUUUCAAGGAGAUGGAAUGCGUUGGUCGCCGAGUUCCUCUUCAGAUACAUCUUGCUGAAGGAUGGAGACCAUGCAAUCCACGUGGCGGCUGCCUUAGCGUCAAGACACCAACGUUCGCGCACGCCCGUCGCGGGACCAGGGCGGUGGACAAUCCGCCUCGAACUCGCCUUGGAGGGCGUGCACAUAUGGAAGAAAGAGCAUUUGAGAGCCCUCGGCCGGAUCUUCAAGAGCUGUCCCAACCUGCGCGUUUUCUCCACCAUCGCCUGCACAUCCGACCCACACCUCUGGGAGUGGUGUGCGCUCACGCGUACCAUCUCGAAGGGCCUGAAGCAGGUGCAUAUACGCAGGCUCGAGUGUAGAGGCGAGCACGAGAGCCUUCUGCAGGUGCUCGUCCCGCACCUCGCGCCAUCCCUGGAGAUGCUCUGGGUGUCUCCUCCUUCCUCCACAUCACGACAAAUCGUAUAUUCAUUCACCCAUCUCGACUUCCCGCAAUUGCGCAGCCUCAUCAUCUCGGACAAUACGCGGACAUACAAGAAUUCCCUCCUCACCUGUAAUACUCCGGCUUUGACUCAUCUGGUCGUCACGGGGAGCCCGUCAUCCACCUCGUCUCCACAUGACGUUGGCGAAUUCGUUCAGCGCAGCGGCCAGAGGCUCCGUCGUCUGAAUGCCCUUCAUCACGGGCAGCUAGGAUUGCUGGAAAUGUGUCCGAACCUGAGUCACUGGGUGCUA